AUGAACUACACCAUGAACUCCACAGCAAAGCCGGGAGAAUGGUACAUCAUGGACGCAACCGGGCAGUGCGUGGCAGCAUUCGGUACUUCCGCCACCGAGCCAACAGUUCAGAAGUGUCCUCCAGGCUUCUACUGUGCCGGCGGCCUCGAGCCGCCUCGCAGUUGCAGCUCGGGCGACCACUGCCCCGUGGGCACGGGCCUGGAAGACCGUUCUUGUCCACUGGGAUUCUAUUGCCCCAUACCGGCAGCAGAUGUCCGACCUUGUCCGGCAGGCGGCCAUUGCCCUCGGGGCGCACAGAGCCCUCAGGCCUGCCAAGCCGGGCGCUUCUGCCCGCCAGGGGAGGAUGCCAUCUGCCCCCAGGGCCACUAUUGCCCUUACGGCACGGAAGCUCCGAAGCGAUGCAAGCCCCUCUUCAGAUGUCCUCCAGGCAGCAAGGCCGAAGAUCCUUGGUUCUUCUCCUUGGCGAUCCUGGGAGCAGUGGUCGGGGUCGGCUUCUUGGGCUCGAUGCUUUACAUGGAGAUGGUGCAGAACGAUUUGUGGGCCUGCGCCGUUUGUGCAGCCUGCGCUGGACUCAUGUGGCUGGUCGACGAGGCCAUUGCUCUUUUCCUGUCCCUCACCUUUGUUUCAGUGGCAGCCAAUUGGGCCCUGCUCCGGAUCGGCGGCGUGGACCCGGCUGUUGCACAGAGCCUGCUGUUGUGCACGGCCGGUGUGGCAGUGGCACUGCUUUGGUUGGUACAUCCACCGUGGGCAGUCUUCUUCGGUGGGCUGCUCAUGUGCUGCGCAAUCGCCUACCUCAUGUCACGGCAGAACCGCACUGCCGUCCUCGUGGGGCGCCUUCUCCUGCUGGUUGCCUUCGCGGCGCUCAUCUUCAGCUACUCCCAGGUGGAUCCGGGCUUCACCGUGGCCUUGGGCAUCGUCCUGCUGAUCCAAGUCCUCGGCAUCAUCCUCUCAUGGGUGCACUUCGUGAGCGUUGCCAACAUCAGCCCCCUGGCAGACGUUCAGAGCAUCUGGACGGCCAUGGCCAAGGGCCAGGAUCCGAGCAGCAUCGUCCCCGCCCUCCAGGAAAUUGGACUUGAUGGCAUCAUCUCCGGAGAGCCACAAGGACCUGCCCUGGCGCUGACUACACGAAUGUGGGUGCGCAAGCUCGAAGUCGCCGCGCAAACUCUGGCCGAGGUCAUGUACGAGAGGAAGCGCCGGGCCCAAAAUGUGGAGUACUUCAAGGCUCACACCGACAGCCUCCUUUGGGACUAUCUCCGCAAUCGGCUCGCACCGGUGGUCCCGCCGUGUGACAGACAUCUCCCAGAAGGCAUCCCGAGCCACAUCGACGGGUGGUCGUUCGGCAGUUCACGCAGAACACCCAGCGGCGUGGUUUACCGUCUAAACUGCCGACGACAAGAAAGCCCCGGCCUUGUAGGCACAGGCGUUACGACUCGCGAGGUCGCACGCCUUGUAGAUAAGUCCACGAUCCGAGACAUCAAUGGCAUUAUGUCACUGAAGAGGAUGGUGGAUGUUCUUUGGAUGGUUAGCUGCGACAAGUGGCAGCACCCAAACAUUCAGAGGCUUUUUCAGAUCUACCAUUCCCCGACUCACAUCAUAAUGCGGAUGGAGUACUCCGGCGCUGGAAGUCUCCAUGACCGCCUCGUCCGCAGGAGCCGAAGGCCUCUGUCGUUUCUGAAGACGUCACAGAUCUUGCAGCAGAUCUUCAAAGCGGUGACCCACCUCCACCUGGCAGCAAAGGUGUGCCACCGGGAUCUCAAACCUGAGAACUUUGAUUUGCACGAGACUCCAGACAUGGUGACGGUGAAGUUAACGGGCUUCCAGAUCGCUUUUGUCCUCGAGGAGCCGGUGCUAUGCCAUCAAAAGUGUGGGACGCUGCCCUUUGUGGCUCCAGAGGUGCUGAAGGGCGAAGGGUAUCAUGCUCUGCCCGUGGACCUGUGGGGUGUUGGCAUUACCAUCAUCGAGGUGAUCUGUGGCUCUCGUACAGUCGACGAGGCCUUGGGCAUCUCGGAGGAAGACCAUCCCGCGCUUGGCUACCGCUGGCCGGAUGGCUCCUUCUUGCAGAAACUCUUGGAAGGUUUUCAGGAGCCUGGCUCUUCCGGACAGCUUCUGCAGACGCGCUGCCUGCCGCAGCUGCGGCACUUCCUUCCCUCACUGGAGCGGUUGGCCCGGUGA